AUGGAGUCAACCGCUCUAAACGGAAGGAUGGCCCGAUGGCAAAUUCUACUAUCUGAAUUUGACAUAACCUAUGUGAAUCAAAAGGCCGUAAAAGGGAGCGCGAUCUCAGAUUUUCUAGCUAGUAGAGCCCUGGAUGAUUAUGAGCCUUUGAACUUCGAUUUCCCAAAUGAGGAUCUGAUGUAUGUGGCAACUGCCGAAGCAAACACACAAGAAAGCAAAGCUUGGAAACUAAACUUUGACGGAGCCUCAAAUGCUGUGGGCAACGGGAUUGGGGCAGUCUUGGUAUCUCCAGACGGUGAUCAUUAUCCGUUCACUAGUAAACUAGAUUUUGAUUGCACAAACAACAUGGCAGAAUAUGAAGCAUGUGUCAUGGGAAUUCGUGCGGCUAUAGAAUGCAAAAUCAAGGUACUUGAGGUAUAUGGGGAUUCGACAUUGGUAAUUUAUCAACUCAAAGGUGAAUGGGAAACAAUAGACCCCAAGUUGAUUAAUUAUCGAAAGCUAGUCCUAGAAUUGAUUGAGGAGUUUGACGACAUCACUUUUUGUUAUCUCCCACGAGACGAGAAUCAAAUGGCCGACGCUUUGGCUACGUUGGCUUCCAUGAUCAAAGUAAAUAAACAAGAGGAUGUGAAGCCUAUCCAAAUGAGCAUUUAUGAUGCUCUAGCCCACUGUUGUAACAUUGACGAGGAAGAAGGAAAAGAUGACUACCCUUGGUAUCAAGACAUAUUGCGAUAUGUGAAAAAUCGUGAAUACCCAAACCAAGCAACUGAGAAUGACAAGAGAACGUUGAGGAGGCUGGCUAGUGACUACGUCUUAGAUGGAGAGAUCCUGUACAAAAGAGGAAAGGAUCAGGUGCUGUUAAGAUGCGUGGACGUUGUGAAGGCCAAGCAAAUCUUGGAAGAAGUCCAUGAUGGUGUUUGUGGAACACACGCCAACGGUUUCACAAUGGCCAGACAAAUCAUGAGAUUCGGAUAUUAUUGGUCUACCAUGGAAGGAGAAGGAGACUGCAUCAAGUAUGCUAAGAAGUGCCAUAAAUGCCAGAUUUAUGGAGAUAAAAUUCAUGUGCCUCCCUCACCCCUUCACGUCAUGACUUCCCCAUGCCUUUCUCCUUGUGGGGCAUGGACGUCAUUGGGCCGAUAUCACCGAAGGCUUCAAAUGGACAUCAUUUCAUUUUUGUAG